AUGAAGGUGAGCGGCCUGGGCAGCGCGCGGAAGGCCGACGGCACCGCUCUGGGCCAGGAGGCGGCAGACGACGCGAUCAGAGCACACCCUGCCAUGGAGCUGCAGCGCGUCAAGUACUCGAGCACUGGCAUCGUCCGCGAGAAGCACUACAUCCACAUGGUCAACGCCGACGCUGGAGGCACGUACAAGCUCGCCGUCUCGAAUCCCACAUACGGCACGGUGAACUACGUGACGCUCAGCCCGGAUGACUCCGAGAGCGACGUAGUAACUGCCCUCCAAACCGUGAACAUCAGCGGCACCAGGACAAGGCUGUUGACCUGCAUGUCUUUAGUCGUCACGCUGACGAACCAGGGCCCUGUGAACCGGACCUACGAGGUGACCGCCGAUUGCGUAUUGCCCCAGGGCACCCUCAGUCAUAUGUCCCUGUUCGUGCCCACCGCGCUGGCGGGUAGCGUGGGAGCAACUGCCGGCUUGCUGGACGUAGGGACCCCUGGUCCCUCUGGCACCUUUCGCCUGGGCUACGACGGCGUGUGGAGCGACCCGAUUGACCCUCGGAUCGGUUAUUGGAGCGUCGCCUACACCUUAUCCACGACUCUCGGCGAUGGCACUGCACUCGAGGUCGAGGCCUGGCCGGCUAUGAUCGGGGAGGCCGCGCAGGAGUCCUGGGAGAUCUUCGUGCGCUUCCGGAAGCCGCUGGGGGAUGUGAGAUUGCUGGACCUGGACCUCAAAGACUUCGUGGGGGUACCAGACUCAGAUCUUUCGGCCGUCUACAGCAUCUCAGUGGUACCAGUCGAGGAUGGCGACGCAGACGCCUUGAUGAUGGAGCGAGUCCCAAUGGACCUCUUCGAGAUGCCUCAUCCAGCGGACACUCAAGCGAUGGUGGUGACCGUGGAGACUUUCGGUGUACUCGGCGCUGCUGAAAACGAGAAUGUCCCCGCCUUCUACUACCUGGAGGAGUUGACUCCAGUGCUUCUCAGCGUGUAUCCCAGCACUGUGCAGGGCGGUAGCACUCUGACCGCCAUCGUCGCCAACAGUGGCGCGAUUGAGGGCAACGCCAGCGCUAACACCAGCGCGAUCACAAUCACGCUUGGGUCCUCGAUCGCCUGUGCCGGCCUGACGGACGUGACAGAGGCGUGGAGCGACAGCGCCUGGUGGAAUCUGAGCAGCGGGGAGAGGGUUCUCAACUGCACGGUGUCGAAUGGCACUGCUGGCGUGCACCGAGUGCGGUUGCUCUCCGUGACGCAGGGCCUGGCAGAUCCGUCUACGGCGCCCAACGUGACGUACCUGCCCACCGUGGGGGACGUCUCGCCCCUGGUCGGCUCCCUGGCAGGUGGCACGCCCUUCACGAUGACGGGAGACGGCAUCGUGGGCAUGCCGUGCGCGCAGAUCACUGUGGGUGGCGUGGCCUGCUCCGAGCCGGAAGUCUCGCCGCUCGCCGUCGCGUCCGUGGGCUGGGGCGGCGUCGUCUGCCUCACGCCAGACGUGCUGAAUGGAACCUCCCUCGAGGAGGCGCCCGAGGAGGUGGAGGCGGAGAUCGUGCUGCUGAGGCCGACCCCCGUGUCCGUCGGGACCUUCGUCUACGCCGCCAACAGGACCCCGGCCGUCACCGCCGUGUCGCCAGAGACGCACUCGGCCGGGCUCACCGUGGAGCUGGUCCUCUCGGGGCAGCGCCUGGGCGGGGGCGGCACGCUGCCGGCCGUCUCCUUCGGCGGCCGGCCCUGCGUCGUCGAGGAGCACAGCGAGUCGCACGUGGGCUGCUGGCUGCAGCGCUCCGUGCCCGCACCGCCCGCGAACGCGACGGCGCAGCCCGAGGUGUGGGUCGAGGGGCUGGGCCGCGCAGCCGUCAGCGCCUCGGCGACCUUCACGUCCCGGCUCGAGGUGACCGGUGUCUCCCCUGGCUACGCCACCAUCGCUGGCGGAGCAAUCAUCACGCUGACGGGGUCGGGCUUCCACCCCUCCGACCCCUCGAAGCAGGAGAUCUUCCUCGAGCUGCCGGACGGGACCGAGCACGCCUGCGUCGUGCUCUCGGGCAGCGACACCGAGCUCCGGUGCCAGCUCGAGUCCCCCGCGGUCGCGGACGACUACAUCUUUAGCUUCUACGACAUGGGCACCGUCUUGGGACGCAGGUUGUCCUCAGCGGGAGCACGUGGCAGGAUUGACUGUGCACGCGACCGGUCACCAAAGACGAAGGGCCACUGCCUCGCCAAGUCGAUCAUGAGCAUGGGCAGGGUGCGCUCCAUGGGCGCCGAGCACUCUCUGGCCAAGGGCUUGACCAAGCUUGCGGCCGUGCCGCCGGCGCACGCGUUCUCGGGGCCGCCGGAAGGACGGGCGGCGAGGGCGCCGGGCUCCCCUGCCGGCCGGGGGCCGCCGCGGCAGCCGCCCGCGGGCAGGCGCCUGUCGGUGGCCACGCAGACGAGCAGCAGUGCGACGAGCAGCGGCAGCAGCACGCUGACCAGCACCACGCAGACGAGCACCUCGACGCUGACCAGCACCACGCAGACGAGCACGCUGACCAGCGCAACCGCUACGAACAUCAUCGCUUCGAGCAGGACGACAGCGAGUACAUCAACCGCUACGAGCAGCACCACGGUGACGAGCACCGCGAUGUCCAGCACCACGGCCACGAGCACCACGGAGGUGACUACCACCUCGACACUGACCAGCACAACGGCUACGAGCAGCAUCUCUUCGAGCGAAGCGACUACGAGUGCCUGGCUGACUAGCACACCCGCUUCGAGCACAGGAACGGCGUCUGGGACAACCACCUCGGAGCACACCACGUCGGAGACCGCGACCUCCACCUCCACGUUGUCCAGCACUAGCAUUACGUCUUCCACCACGCUCCAGACCGUCUCGGAGACUUCCAGCGUCACCCUGACCAGCACGAGCCUGACGUCUUCCGUGUCGGACUUCACCACCUCGGAGAGCUCCACCUCCACCCUGACGUAUUCCAUCACGAGCUUGUCCACCACGGGUCACACCACGUCGGAGAGCAGCACUUCGACCUUGACCAGCACGACUGGGAGCAGCACCACCUAUAGCGGGACCAGCUCGACAAGCAUCACCUAUAGCCUGUCUAGCAGUUCCGAGACUAGUACCACACUCUCCAGCACCACCGCGACCAGCACCACCGCGACCAGCACCUCCACGGUCACCUCCACCACCACGACCACCACGAGGUUCCCGGACACCGCCGCCACCGUCAGGGUGACGCUCAACGGGGUCUCGUCGCGUUGCGCCGCUGCGGAGGGCUGCAGCAUUCUUUACUCCCAGGCCGCCACGCCGAAGCUGCUUGACGUGCACCCGCUCAACGGGUCGUUCGGCACCAACGUCUCAGUCGUCCUCGAAGGUCAGCUGAACGGCGACAAGAUGAGGGUGUUCUUCGGCGACGUGCAGUGCCCAGUGUCGUCCUGGAGGGUGGAGGCUGGCGACUACCAACUGUCCAGGGGGGACGUGUUCGGCCUGGAGGGGUUCAAUCUCACGCAGACGGUGCUGGAGGUGCCCGUGUGCGAGUUCUCUGCGACGGAGGUGCCGGUCCACGUGUUCGUAGACCCGGAGGGGUAUGCCCUGCAUGGCUCACCGUAUCUGGGCGCCAAUUUCCAGUUCGAGCAGCAGCUGCUUCUUUUCUCGGUGAGCCCGAUGAGCGGCUCCCUCUACGGAGGCGUGGAGCUGACCAUCCUGGGAUCUGGCUUCAGCUCUGUGCCCGAGGAGAACUUCGUUACAGUAGGCUCGCGGGUCUGCCCGGUGUCGGCGGCCUCCUUCGGCGAGCUGCGGUGCUGGUCCCCGGCGGCCCCCGAGGGCGCCGCUGGAGCCCAGGAGGUGCACGUCGUGGUGGGGCCGUCGGGCACGGGCGCCGGCCUGUCCGCCGACUUCUACCUCUUCGGCUCCGCGGUGCCGAUCGCCGACUUCGGUGCUCACUCGCCGGACUCGUCGGGGACGACGUCGGCCCUGAACUUCGAGAGCGACCUGGGCACAGAGCUGGGCCUCGGUACCUCAUACUUCUUCGGCGCCGUCUGGCGAGGCUACCUGGCCAUCGCCACCCCUGGCACUUACGUCUUCUCGCUGGUCUCCGACGACGGCAGCGCCUUAUGGGUGGACGACGUUCUCGUUGUGGACAACCAGGGUUUCCACGGAGCCCUUGAAGUCAAGGGCACAGUGUCUUACCUUGAAGAGGGCGACCACUACAUCGAGGUCAAGUACCAGCAGGGCACGAGCACCUCGAGCCUCGUGUUCAGCUACUCCGGGCCUGACACGGGGGAGGUGACCGCGACCGUCCCCGAGGCGGCGCUGAAGCAGUUGCCAAGUGCCGCCGGGCCCUCGCUGCAGUUCGAGUACCUGAGCUCGGGCUCCUCCCCCCAGGCGCUGGCGGUCGCGGUCGUGUCGUCCGCGGCCGAGGUGGAGCUGGUCGUCGACGGCUCGGGCUUCGGCAGCGCGCCGGGGGCGGUCGCCUUCGGCAGCCACCGCGACCCGAAGGCCAACGUCCAGUGCACCUCCGCGUUCUGGAGCGACGCCCAGGUGCGCUGCGUCGCCCAGGACGUGCCGGCCGGCCUCUGGACGGUGCGCCUGUGGCAGCCGGCCGCGGGCUGGUCCUCUGCGGCGCCAGAGCUCCUAGACCUGGCGCCCAGCGUCUCCGAGGUGGAGGUGCGGGGCACCGUGCUGCCUGCCACAGCGGGCGGCACCCUGCGCGCGGGGCUGCGAGGCGGGGUCGAGCUGACUCUCCGGGGCGAGCACCUCGGGCUUGACCUGGACCAGACCGAGGUCCUCGUCUGCGGCAGGCCGUGCCGUGUGCUGGAGGCCCGUAACAGCAGCAGCCUCCGGUGCGAGACGCCCGAGCGCAGGAGUGCGGUGCUGGCAGAUCUGUACCCUGCCGCUUUCCCCGCCGAGGACUUGGCGCCCCACGCCAGUGUCUUCUACACCGAUCAGGGCCGCGGCGACGAGGACGAGGUCGCCCUCGCGAACAGCACCUUCACGUCCUCGGUGGAUCGCGAGAUCAACUUCUAUUACGACUUGAGCUGGCACAACCGCGAGGAGUGCUGGUUCGCGUUCGAGCUGCCGCCGUCCCAGGUGGCGCGCCUGCAGACCGUGAGCAUCUUUCCCCCGACCGACCCCAAUCAGCGGGCGCUGGCCACUGAGACUGUCUUCGAGGUGAAAAACCUAUCCGACGGCUCCUGGGCCCAGGUUGCGAGCCUCACGGAGGCCGUGAUCACCGGGUCAACCAUCGCGCAGGGCUGGAACGUCUUCGGCACCGAGGGGGUGCUGGCGCAGGCGUUCCGCGUGCGGCUGCUCCCCGGCAUCUGCAACACCCAGGGGGAGCUGCUGCGCGGCGCGCGCUUCAGCGGGGUGCUGCUGGACGCGGACGAGUCUGGCGUCUGCGACAUCUCUGUCGGCCGCGUCCUGCACCCGCUGGCGUCGCGGGCCAGCGCGAGGGUCAACACCUCCGUGGAGCUCGUGCACGAGUUCAGCCGCACUCCGCUGCUGACGUCGCUGUCGCCGACCAGCGGCUCCGCGAGGGGAGGCACGCUGGUGACGCUGCGCGGCUCCGGCCUGACGCCGUACGUGAGCGACGCCCCCGCUGCGAACCCCACGCUCCUCAGGGUCAUGCUCAACGGGUACGCGUGCCAGGUCACUUCUGUCAACGACACGCACGCCGAGUGCGUAACCGCCGUGCGCGACGGAGGCAUACAUCCUGCGUCCACAUCGGUGUGGGUAAGCGGGAAGGGCUACGCCACCGUCGUGGGCGCGGAGAGCGAGACCACGUUCAGGUACAUCGACAGGUGGAGCGACGUGCGCAGCUGGCUGGACUCCGAGCCUCCGUUCGACGGGGACUCUGUCAUCGUGCCAGAGGGCCAGGCCAUUCUGCUCGACGUGAACUCGCCGAAGCUGUUCCUCGUCGUCGUCAGCGGCAUCCUCGAGUUUGAUCGGAAGGACCUCACCUUCAACGCCACGUACAUCUGGGUGGCGGGCGGCAGCUUCUCCGUCGGCACGGAGGACGACCCCUUCCUUCAGAGGGCCACGAUCACGCUCCACGGCGACCGAUGGCACACGAUCGAGCUGCCGUUCAUUGGCGCCAAGAUGCUUGCGGUCACAAACCUGGGCGGGCUGCACACAGGUUGCUCCACGCAAGGAAAUCGCCUCACGAGCGCCGGCUUCACUGCGGAGUCAAACGUCUGCGGAGUCAGGUCUGUCGGCAAGCUCGACUUGCACGGCCGCCCACAGACGUCGUGGACGAGGCUAGUGGCCACCGCGCCAGCAGGCAGCACUGUGCUACAGCUGGAGGAGCCCGUCGACUGGGAGGUGGGCGCCAAGGUGAUCCUCACGACGUCGGAGCUCGGCCAGCGCGACGAGGUACUCACCGUGAGGUCGGUGAGCCAGGACGGCUUCGCCCUGGAGGUCGACGAGCCGUUGCAGCACGAGCACAUCGGGGAGUGGUACUUCCACGAGAGCACCACGCCGACGGACCUCCGAGCCGCCGUCGGGCUGCUGACGCGCAACGUCAAGGUGCAGGGCGACGACGCCUCCGAGCAGCACGGGAGCGCCUACAUGUUCGGCGCCCACGUCGGCGCAUUCAUGGGCGGGCAGCUGCGCAUCGAGAACACCGAGCUGUUCCGCACCGGGCAGGCGGCGAACCUUGGAAGAUACUCCUCGCACUGGCACGUGCUCUCGUCGGGCCGCAAUGUCGACGUGAUGGACAUAGCGUACCUGCGGAACAACUCGUACCACGACACCUUCCAGCGGGCCGUUGUGGUCCACGGCACCGACUACGCCACGGUGAUGCACAACGUGGCCUACCACGUGCGCGGCCACAUGUUCUUCACAGAGACGGGCCAGGAGCACUACGCCCUCUUCGAGCACAACCUUGCCGUGGAGCCGCUCCCGCACCACCUGCUGCUGGACGAUGACGAGACUCCGGCGGGCUUCUGGCUGCCGGGCUUCACAGGCUGGCACCGCUCGAACCUCGCCGUUAAUUGCCACCGCGGCUGGCGCGUCCGGAAGUUGGAAGGUGUGGCCCUCGAGCAGUCAGACCUGACCUUCUUCAACAACUCCGCGCACGCCUGCGGCUUCGGCUGGCACCUGAAGCCCCCGCACGCCCCGCCGACAAUGAACACCUUCCAAACGUUCACCGCGUUCCGUUGCGCAACCGGCAUGUUCUAUUACGGCACGGGUAAUAUUCACCACGUUGACCACCGCUUCGUGGAAUGCGGCGUUGGCCACUUCCAGAACCACUUCUCUGGAAGACUCUCUGACGAGCCGUUCUUCGAGGACAUGCUGCUCGUCGGCAACAUCGACAACACGGCCGGCUACUCCACGGGGGUGAGCCUCGGAGAUCGCACGCCGAAGGACAAUGAGCAUUACUUCAUAUCCGGCCUGAAGGUCAUCAACUACUUCGACACGCCGGUGCUCUACGGAUGCUUCAUGACCAUGUGCACCAUCAGGGUCGAGAGGGCGGAGUGGUACCACUCGUCCGUGCGCACGUCCAGCAGCGAACUCAUAUCCGGCAUCUUCCACGACCUCGACGGAACGCUCACAGGGUACCCGAACGGCUUCGUGUCGAUGUACACGCCCUUCAACGAGUGGGACGGCCUGUGCCACGUAACCGACCAGCACAGGGGCGGGAUCGUGUGCGGUAAGGACGACGGCACGCUGCGCAUGCGCCGGCUCCUGGUGAACAACCAGGAGCCUUGGCAGCUGGACCUGAACGAGUUGAUGGUGCGGACGGACGUCGCCAACAGUUCCAUUUCCUUCACCGUUCUGAAUCUUUGGGGCUGGGCUGUGCCUGUGGUGAGCGAGAAGGUGUACGACAUCAAGGUCGACAACGCGAACGACUUCCAGCAGCUGACCCUUGGCUACUCAGGUACAUCUGGCUAUGUCUUCGAGGAGCACGGUUGGGUCACCCGCGUCCAGCCCCAGGACGAGGGCGUCGUGGUGCACCUCAACUACUCGACCUGGCGCGACCACUUCGAUGCCGAGCUCGGCGAGGCAUCGUCGGGCUGGCCGCUCGGCGAGGCGCAGGGCCAGGCGAUCAGCUGGGAGCCGACGAUGAACGACUCCUUCGGUUCUUACGCAAUGAAGCUUUGGCGGCACCAGUGCGACCUGUACGACCUCACCAAUGAGAGCCAGGAGAUCUGCAGCGGGGAGUACGUUAACCAGACGGGCACUGACCUCAAGCUCGAUCUGGAGGAGGAGCCGGACCUGCCCCAGGUAGCGGGACGCCUCACCGCAGCUCUCUCCGCGCACAUCGGCGAUCCGCGGCAAGUUUGGAACACGUACUGGGCCAGGGAGUGCCCCGACUGGGGCUGCCCGGAGCCCGUGCCCUACACGGCGCCCAUGGACCCCGUGAGGCUGUGGUCGGACGCGUCGAAGUGGCCCGGCGGACAGCUGCCCCAAGAGGGCGACACGGUCGUCAUCAACGUCUCAGAUUACGUCAUGCUGGACAUCGAGACGCCGUUGCUCCAGUGGGUGGUCAUUGAAGGGAAGCUUGAGUUCGCUCGCAACGUGAGCAGCAGGCUGAACUGCCACUCAGCGAAGGUCUGGGGUACUCUCGAGAUCGGAACCGCGGAUGAUCCAAUACCACCUGGCGUGCACGCAACGGUGGCACUGUACGGAGAGGAGUUGGACCAGACGCCCGUCAUGGUCGAGGGCCUCUUCAUGGUCAACAAGGUGGUUGGGGUGCUCGGCACGCUCACGGCGUUCGGGUCGGACAUCGGCAGCGCGCUCUGGGCCAAGCUGAACGGUACGGCCGUUGCCGGGGCGCAGGAGCUGGUGCUGAGGGGCAACCUGAGCGAGUGGCCAGCGGGUGCGGAGAUCGGCAUCUCUGCCACGGAGUACCCACAGCCUCCGAGGACGACGGAUACGGAGAUCGUCAAUAUCGCGGGGCAGCCCGUCUACGACUCCGCAACGGACACCACGCUCGUCCGCCUGAGCCAGGCGCUCGUCAAACGCCACUAUGGCGGGGAGAUACCGCAGAACGGUGGGGGCCACUGGUCGAGGGUGAGGCUGGAGGCCACGGUGGCGCUGCUCUCAGGUCGCUCGAACGUUGUCUUCAGGACGGGGGAGGGCGACGGCUACCACGGGGGCCACGUCGUGGUCGGCGGCUCGCAGGAUGGCGUGUGGGUGGGCACUGCCCACAUGCAGGCCGUGGACUUCGUGUCGAUGGGCAAGUUCUUUCACGAGUACCCCGCCCUGCACUUCAAGUACCAGGGCCUGAGCAGCGGAGAGGACAACAGCACCGUCACCCGAUGCAUCUUCCGCUCCUCGCAGGCUGGCGCGGUGGCGGGCGACGGCGUGCGCCACCUCGCGCUCCGCGGCAACAUCUUCGACAGGACGUACCGCACGGCCCUGUGGAUCAUGAGCACGGCCGUCGGAGACGGCGUCGUGAUCACCGGCAACGUGGCUAUCCUCGACGCUGCGCCACCCGCUCGAGACGACCGUCUGGGUCAACGGCUUCGCUGCCUUCCUCAUCGAGGUGCCCAUAGCGACCCUCGCGGGCAACAUCGCCGCUGGCUCCGCGGACACUGGCUUCAUGAUCCGCCCUUCCCUGGAGGCUUGCGUCGAGGGUGA